AUGAACAGCGCCCUGAGCUUCCCGCGUUUAGUGGAACAUGCACUGUGGGUCGCCGCGGCGUGGACUCUCGGGAUCGAAGCAUAUCGUAGGGCGGACACAUUCAGAUGGUUUUCCGUCGUGUGUUUUGGAAAAGUUUUUUUUUUAUUUUUCACUCGUCUCUGCUUUUUUCUCGUGGGAGCAACCCUGCUUCAUCCUCAUCCUACCUGCACCAGUAAGCCUUUACCCGCCAGAGUUGGUUCCUCGUCUAUACUACAAUCUGGGGGUGUGCGGUUUGUGCGUUGGGUGCGUCUUUGCGCAGACCGUUGGCUUUUGCGCCCUGCCACUUACCAGCCCGCCGCCGCAGAUGCAGAACCAUCGAAACCACACACCCUCCCCCUGUCACCCCUUGAUCGACCAACAAGGAUCACGGAUGCUCCAGUGGGACCUUUGUCCAGAACCAGAAUUGACCAAGACUCUACCAAGUGGCUUAGAGAUGAGGGGCGUGACGACGCCUGA